UAAUUCGCGGAAUGACGGGAAUGGAACGCGCAAGACUCAUCAAAACUAGGAUAAAUAAAAUUCGGCGGUUAUUUGCAAUUUAUUUAGUUAUGAUUUGCGAUAACGAUUAGUACCGAUGUAUCGUUAGUUACGAGUGUUGGACGUUUUUAAAGGAGGCCAGCGGGCCAACUUUAUUGAAUGUUAAAGUCGAGGACAACGAUAAAUUGAAGCCUGCGAGUGAAAAUCAACAGCUGAUUCACCCAGUCGUUUGUAAAUUAGUUAUCCUGUUUAUUAAUUGAAACUGUAGGUAAAGAUAUAUCCCGAUAAUGUUGAGUAUACGAUAAACGUUAAUUUAACCUUCAAGUUUUAGUGGAUUCAAGGACGUCAGUGUGAUUAUUCUUAAGAAAGAAGACUGUGACAUCAAAACAAAAACAUUCCAUAAAGCAGCUCGAUUUUUUUUAUCAAAAAGACUAAUUCGUUUAGUCUGUGUGCCUUUUGCAUUUUUCUAAUAAGGAAGUAAAUAUAAAAAAUAAACUUUUUAUAAAAGUCUAUGGGAAAAAGCAUACAAAUGGAUAUCAGUAGCGAUUAUCAGAACGAUCAGCCAUUGAUAGAGCAUUCGAAAAGCAUUGUUCACUUAGACGUCGAUUGUUUCUAUGCUCAGGUGGAAACUGUACGCAGUCCCGAGCUUCGAGGCCAACCAUUGGGUGUACAGCAAAAGAAUUUAGUUGUAACUAGUAAUUACGAGGCACGAUCAUACGGUAUAAAAAAGUGUAUGUCGGUCGAAGAUGCCUUACAUUUAUGUCCAAAUUUAAUUUUGAUUCGUGGCGAAGAUUUAACACCUUACAGGCGAAUGUCCGCUAAAAUUUCUGAACUUUUACACCAGUUUACGCCGUUAGUCGAAAAGUUGGGACUCGAUGAAAACUUUAUUGAUGUUACUUCGGUUGUUAAUGAAUACGCGACAAACAUUAGUAAUCAGUCCAGAAGUUCACACAACGAUCAAAAUACUAUUCAACAUGAGAGUAGUUUUGCAUUACACGAUAAGCAAUCCUUCAAACCAAUUGGUGAAAUUUUUAGUCAUUCGGAGGAAGAAUGUCCAUGUGGAUGUCACACUCGUUUAGCCGUGGCAAGUAAAAUUGCUAUGGACAUGAGAAACAAAAUAUUAAACGAGUUAGGACUUACCUGUAGUGCAGGAAUUGCACAUAACAAAUUAUUAGCAAAGUUAGGUGGAGCUUUGAAUAAACCUAACAAGCAGACGGUAGUUUAUCCUUGCUCUGCUGCACAGUUGCUUUCUUCUUUGGGAUCAGUUUCAAAGAUCCCAGGUGUUGGACGCAGAACAGCAGAAUCCUUAACAGCUAACAAUAUUUUAACGGUUGUCGAUGUUCGUAAAACACCUUUAGAACGAUUGCAAGUGAAAAUUGGUAAAGAAUUGGCUAGAAAAAUAAAAGAUUAUGCAGAAGGUAUUGACGAUGCGCCAGUCAAACCAUCGGGAAAACCUCAGUCGAUUGGCUUAGAAGAUGGUUUUAAAAAAGUUUCACUGGUCGAUGAAGUAGAGUCGCGUCUUAGUGCUUUAUUAAGGAGACUAACUGAACUGGCAGCUGAAGAUGGAAGAAUUCCAAUUUGUAUAAAAUUAACUGUAAGAAAGCAAGAUAGUUUAAGUAAGCCAAGUUUUUCAACGGGCAAACGUGAAAGUAGGCAAUGUGCACUUCCACAGCAUCUUAUACCAUCGAAUAAAGGAACGAAUAGGGGUCACGUUUAUGAUCACUUAAAAAUUUUAACACUCGUUAUGAAAUUAUUUCAUCGUGUUGUUAAUGUCUCUAAGCCGUUUCACUUAACUCUCUUGGGCUUGGCAUUCACAAAAUUUCAAGAAGAAAAAUCUUUAGGUAAAUGUAGUAUUGCAUCAUUUUUGCGAAAACAAGUUGCUGUGCAAUCUGUUAUGGACAUUAGUUCUGAAGAAGGUUUUUCCGAUACUAGUUUAGGUUCUCCUAUGAGUAUCAAUCAGCAAGAACGAAGUGAUUGCGAAGAAGACAAUGAUGAAGAAUUUCGAGAAAACAAAGAUUUUAGAAAUAAAGUACAGUUUCAGUCUUAUUCUUGUCAUCGUAUUCGUGGUUUAGAUAGAGCUACUCCAAGUCCAAGUGACAUUCGUUGUAGUGGCGAAGAUGAUGAAGACAUUCUUAGCGAAAUAGAGCCUUCUCCAAAAAAAACAAAACUUGAAGUUUGGUUGAGUGGGCGAAGAGAAUCUCCAAGUAAUGAAAUGGCUGAUUUAAGACUUAAUACUCCAUCAUCUUCUCCGAUAUCAAAAAAUUUAUUGCAAACUGGACCAACAGCCUUUAAAUCUACAAUACCUGUUGAUCUUGACAAACAAGUAAAUCAUUCCUGGCCUGCAAAUACAAGUAACAAGAAACCAAAUGAUAUAUUUAAAUAUUUUAUAGCAAACAAAUGACCAAUUUAACAACGACUAGAUAAUUCCAUAAAAAUUAAUUGAAGUAUAUCAGAAUAUGUUUUUUACUACUUUUUUUUCUGUAAGUGAAUGGGUCAAAAUGUGAUUAAGCAUGGUGAGUGAAACUCAUAUAUACUCUAUGCGUUUCCUGCAGGGCAGGGCGAGCGAACAAAUAAAGCAGUUUAUACAUAGCUGCCAAGAUUACUUUAUACUUAUUGUUAUAAAAGAAAUUGUGCACAGUUUACUUGUAAAAAUUUUGCAUUAUU